AUGAUUGACACUUCUGGAGAUGUGAAUAUCGCGCCGAAUCGUAAGGACAAUGAAUUCUCAACAGCAUUACAUCAGCGUGGAAAUGAGUUUUUCAGAGCGGAAAAUUGGUCUGAGGCAAUGACUUGGUACAACAGAAGCUUAAGUUAUGCGGAAAUCGGGUCAGAGAACGUGGCUUUGGCAUACUCAAGCCGGUCCGCUUGUUUCUUUAACAUGGAAUUGUACGAGAAAGCGUUGAUUGACAUCGAGACGGCUAAAAGUGCGAAUGUACCAGAACAUUUGUUAGUGCAGCUUGAACAACGCCAACAGGAAUGCCACGAAUUGAUGCAAACAGCCCAAAAACCCAAAGUGACGCGUGACUUCAAACUGAGCUACGAGGCAAAUAAAAACUUUCCGUGUAUGGUCGAUGUGGUGGAGAUCAAAUACAACCAAGAAUUUGGACGACAUUUGGUUGCAAAGUGUGACAUCCCAGUUGACAAAAUCGUUUUGAUGGAAAAGGAGUUUAUCGCAGCCAUUGACAAUGACAGAAUGCUAUGUUGUAAUUGCUCUCGAAUGAACUCAAAUUUCAUCGCUUGUCCGCAAUGCCCAGCCGUUGUAUUCUGUGAUUUAGAUUGCAUGAAUCAAAACCUAUGGCACAAAUGGGAAUGUGGUUCAUCUGUGUCACAACUAAAUUUCAAUAUGAAGUUACAUGUUCGAGCGGUUUUGAUGGCUAUCGAAAGUUUCCGAAGUGUUGAAGAUCUCAUGGAAUUUGUGGGCAGUGCGUUGCUUGAGGAUCCCGGAACGAUUCCAACAUCAAUGCACGAUUUGAAGUCCAAAUAUCACUUUUUCUUCAACCUUAAAAGAUCGCCGCAGAAGGUUGACGAUAUUAUUGCCGCCUACACGCAUUUCAAGUGCAUACAAAUGUGUCCAAAAAUCAAUGCACUUUUCGAUGGCGAAGAAAAAACACGUUUUCUCAUGCACUUAGUUUUCCAUCAUACUCUGAUUAUUCAAACCAAUUCAAUUGGAGGAGACGAUUUCAAAUCAAUACAUAACGUUUUUUCCAUGGUAAAUCAUUCCUGCGCGCCAAAUCUUCAUAACUAUAUAGUUGGCAACCAUGGUAUUUUCAAAACAAUUCGUUACGUGAAAAUGGGUGAGCAGCUUUGUUUCAACUAUUUGGGUUCAUUCAAUGAGAAAACCCAUGAGAGACAAAAAGAACUGGAAUCUAAUUGGAAGUUCAUUUGCAAGUGUGCAGUAUGCGAACCAACCAAUAACAUUGUUAAUGCUCGUUUGGCAUCCGAUCCGCGUUUCCAGUUUGUACAUGACAACGUGCAUGAUGAAAGUUUGGCUCUGGAUCUUUUGGAUAAAUGUCGCCAAUUUUUGAACGAGCAUGGUCAAUUGGCAUGGUCGGCUGAAGUUGGAUUUAUUUCGCAGGUUUUUGCUGGAUUAAUUACGGCCCUUGAAGAUUGA